AUGGCCUCACCACCAGCCCCCCGGAAAACCUCGGGGGAUGCCAGGAAAGGUUCUGCAGAUAACUGGAAGGGUUCAGCAGAAACUAGAAAGGGUUCUAGAGACAGGAAGAAAUCUAUUAAGAUGAAAAAAGACCCUGGCGAGGCCCAGAAGGGUCCUGGAGAGGACAGGAGGGGUUCAGUGGAUAGUAGGAGGAUUUCGGUCGAUAGGAGGGUUUCGGUCGAUAGCAGGAGGGGCUCUAACGAGAACAGGCGGGGUUCCGGUGAGGGCAGGAGGGGUUCAAGUGAGGACAGGGACAGCUUGUCGUCCAUCCCUGCCAGUGUGCGACCCAGCAGGGUGCCAUGGGUCACUCUGAUGAGAGCCUUGGGUCGCUUCAAGCUGUCACUCCCGGAUAUCCGUCGGGACUAUAUGCUGUCCUCUCGCGACCCCCUGGCUGUGGACAAGGAACUUGGGCCACGUGUGAAGUACCACAAGGUGGUGAGGAGGUUUUGGGGCAACCACCAGCCUCUCGCCAAGAUCCCGUAUAAAAUUCUGAGUGGGCACGACCACACCGUGAGCUCCUGCCACUUCUGUAUGGAUGACACAAGGCUCCUCAGUAGCUCCUAUGACUGCUCGGUGAAGCUGUGGGACUCUGAGGAUGGAACGGUGAUGUGGGACUUUCAGCCACGCCCCAAAGCUCCUGUUUUAGAAUGCAGUAUCACGGCAGACAACAGAAGGAUCGUCGCAUCGUCGUAUGAUAAAAGCGUGAGGGUUUGGGACGUCGAGACGGGUCAGCUUCUGUGGAAAGUCAGGCAUGACACCUUCGUAGUGUGCUGUAAAUUCUCUCCCGACGGAAAGUACGUGCUCUCAGCCCUGGAUGUGGAUCGCGGCAUCUGCUUGAUGGAUCCAGAAAACAUCACCACCGUGAUCCAGAUCAAAGAUCAUCACAAAAGGUCCAUCACAGCAUGCUGCUUUGACCCUGACAGCCAGAAGGUGGCCUCUGUCUCCAUGGACAGGUGCAUCAAGAUCUGGGAUAUCACAUCCCAAGCCACGCUGUUUACCAUACCCAAGGCGCACACCAAUACCAUCUCAGACUGCUGCUUCACCUUCAGUGGCCACUUCCUUUGCACCAGCUCCUGGGAUAAAAACAUAAAAAUAUGGAAUAUCCACACGGGGGAGUUUCGAAACCGUGGCGCCUGUGUGACUCUGAUGAGGGGCCACGAGGGCUGCGUGAGUUCCUGCUGCAUUGCCAGAGACAGCUCUUUUCUCGUUUCUGGUGGAUUUGACAAUACUGUGGCUAUUUGGGAUGUAGGAGAUGGCUACCGGAAGCUGUCACUGAAGGGCCAUGAUGACUGGGUGACGGAUGUUGCCGUUAGCAACAACAAGAAAUGGAUCCUCUCUGCUUCAAAGGAUAACUCCUUGAGACUGUGGAAUAUUGAAGAGAUUGACACAAUCCCUUUGGUCACUGAGAACAAGAGGACUAUGGGCUGCAAUGUCCAGCAGUGCAAAAGUUGUGACCAGAUUUUCCCCGCCUUUGAAAGUGACAUCUCCUCUAAACUACACAGCCGGUGUCCGUUCUGCCGGAGAAACGAGAAGAACUUAGGGCAGUUUUCUUCGUCGUCAUCGCUGGAGGAGAUUAAGGAGAGCUGAUGGUUGCUCGCGCACAAAACACCUGCUAAGAAGAUGGUGGCAUUCUGCGGGGACCUGAGUCCCCCUCCCAGCUGAGUGCACCCAUCAAACUGAGGCAGGGGCCAGGCCCUCACUAGACUCUCAGCAUGGUGCUGCCUCUUUGAC